AUGACCGAGAAGGUAGUGCAGUUAGCCGUCAAGCCAGACAUCUCAAAACCGCGAUGGGAUCAGAGCACAUUCGAGGGUCGUGCUCGACAUUUCUUCACGACUACAAACCCACUAAAUAUUUUGCUGAGCAGCCAAGCUCUUGAGAAAAGCCGGAAAAUCGUAACUGAUUAUAAUAAAGGUGUCUAUGACAAAGAUCUUACUGUUGAUGAACUAUGGCAUGCGAAACACGUCUACGACUCGGCUUAUCAUCCAGAUACCGGUGAAAAGAUGUUCAUCUUAGGAAGAAUGAGUGCUCAGGUUCCAUGCAACAUGCUAAUCACCGGAGGAAUGCUCACCUUUUAUACAAGGACCGCCCAUGUGGUGUUCUUCCAGUGGAUUAACCAAACGUUCAAUGCAGUAGUCAACUAUACAAACCGCAGUGGGCCUAACCCGGUUUCACAAGAACGUCUUCUCGCAUCAUAUGUUGGUGCAACCGGUGGUGCAAUGGCUGUAGCUCUGGGGGCUAAUCGUAUGUUGGCAAAAAUGAAGAAUGUGCCAAGACUCGUCGGGGCGCUCGUUCCCUUCUUAGCCGUAGCCGCUGCUAACGCUAUAAAUAUCCCGAUGAUGAGAAGCAAUGAAUCGUGGUUGGCAAUCCAGUCCCGGGGGAGGUCGAGGAUGAAAAAGGCGAAGUACUAG